UCACGCUUUGCCGAAGUGGUAAAGAUGUCGUUGACUAGUUUUCUUCCUGCACCCACCCAGCUGUCUCAGGACCAGCUUGAGGCAGAGGAGAGAUCUCGUGCACAGAGAUCAACUGCCUUAGUCUCCACCCGAAGAGAGAUCCCUCUAUACGGAUUCAGAAAAUCAUGGGUCCCACGUUCUCUAGAGGACUUUGGAGAUGGAGGAGCCUUUCCAGAGGUUCACGUUGCCCAGUAUCCCCUGGAAAUGGGCAGGAAGAAAAGAACCUCCAAUGCUCUGGCUGUACAGGUGGAUGCAGAGGGCAAGAUAAAAUAUGAUGCCAUUGCCAGGCAGGGUCAAGGCAAAGACAAGGUCAUCUUUAGUAAAUACACAGACAUGCUUCCUAAGGAAGUUUUAAAUGAUGAAGCUCCAGAGUUGCAGAAACCUGAUGAGGAGGCGGUGAAAGAGCUUACAGAGAAAACCAGAGAGGCUCUGAGUAAACAGGUCUCACAGAAAAUCGCAGCGGCUAUGCCUGUACGUGCUGCCGACAAACUGGCGCCAGCUCAGUACAUACGGUACACACCCUCCCAGCAAGGACUCGCGUUUAACUCUGGUGCCAAACAGCGGGUCAUCCGUAUGGUGGAGAUGCAGAAAGAUCCAAUGGAACCCCCACGUUUCAAAAUCAAUAAAAAGAUUCCCCGUGGACCCCCGUCCCCACCUGCUCCUGUUAUGCACUCUCCAAGCAGAAAGAUGACAGUCAAAGAACAGCAGGAAUGGAAGAUUCCUCCCUGCAUUUCCAACUGGAAGAACGCGAAGGGUUACACCAUCCCGCUGGACAAACGGUUGGCAGCUGAUGGACGAGGUUUGCAGACCGUUCAUAUCAAUGAGAACUUUGCAAAGCUGGCUGAGGCUUUGUACAUCGCUGACAGAAAGGCCAGAGAAGCCGUGGAGAUGAGAGCUCAGGUGGAAAAGAAGAUGGCCCAGAAAGAGAAGGAAAAGAAAGAGGAGAAGCUGCGAGAGUUGGCUAAGAUGGCCAGAGACAGGAGAGCUGGUAUUAAAGCCCACGGCGAGAAAGGUGGAGAGGAGACGGAAGUCAGGGAACGCGAUGAGAUCCGUCAGGAUAGGAGGAAGGAACGGCAGCACGACAGAAACAUCUCCAGAGCCGCCCCUGAUAAGAGGUCUAAGCUGCAACGAGAUCAGGACAGAGACAUCAGCGAGCUCAUUGCUCUCGGUCAGCCAAAUCCUCGCACCUCCAGUGAUGUUCAAUACGACCAGAGGCUCUUCAAUCAGAGCAAGGGUAUGGAUAGUGGUUACGCUGGUGGAGAGGAUGAAAUGUAUAACGUGUACGAUCAGCCUUUCAGAGGUGGCAGAGACAUGGCACAGAACAUUUACAGGCCUAGUAAGAAUGCAGAUAAGGAUAUGUAUGGAGAUGACCUGGAUACACUCAUGCAGAGCAACAGGUUUGUUCCUGAUAAAGAGUUCUCAGGUGUUGAUCACGGACCCCGCAAAGAUGGUCCCGUCCAGUUUGAGGAAGAUCCUUUUGGUCUAGACAAGUUCUUGGAGGAGGCCAAGCAGCACGGAGGCUCCAAAAGGGCAUCCACCAGCGGGCGCUCCAAGGACUACGACCACGAGAAGAAGCGCAGGAAGGAGUGAAAGGUGCUCUGUUUGUCCACCCCAGCACCACCACCACCACCUUCUUAUUUUGUAAUUGUAAAGUAAAUGUUACAUUGUUAGUAAUCUGCCUUUUUUUUUACUCAUCCUCUUGAGAUGUGAACCAUUUUUCCUCCAAUUAUGGUUUCUUUAAUAAUGCUUUAAAGUGUAAGUCCUAAAGUCUUUUACUGCAAAUCCACCCUAAUAAAUUUCUUAUGGAGGAUUACAUUGUGA